GAUCAUGGCGGAGCCCCCGGGAGGGCCCGCCCCCGCAGUUAUCAGGUUAGUGUUCGCCGCGGUGCUGGGGCUGGGGAUUCCGAGCGGAGCUGGGUGAGCCCUAAAGUCCCUUCCCCGCGCUGGCUUUUUUUUUUUUGGGAAGGGGGGGGGUCUCCGUCGGUGUCACUGCACGAGAGGAGCCGGGGACAGCGAGCGACUCCCGCCAGCCAUGGACAUGAAGAAAAGGAUCCACUUAGAGCUGCGGAACAGGACGCCCUCAGAUGUGAAAGAACUUGUCCUUGACAACUGUAGGUCAUGCGACGGCAGAAUCGAAGGCCUUACAGAUGAGUUUGAAGAGCUGGAGUUCUUAAGUACAAUCAACGUAGGCUUAGCCUCAGUUGCAGACUUACCAAAGUUAAACAAACUUAAGAAGCUUGAGCUAAGCGACAACAGAAUCUCAGGAGGACUGGAAGUCUUGGCAGAAAAAUGUCCCAACCUCACGUAUCUAAAUCUAAGCGGCAACAAACUAAAAGAUCUCGGUACAAUAGAACCUCUGAAAAAGUUAGAAAACCUGAAGAGUCUAGAUCUUUUCAAUUGCGAGGUAACCAACUUGAACAAUUACAGAGAAAAUGUCUUCAAGCUCCUCCCCCAACUCACAUACCUCGAUGGCUACGACCGGGAUGACAAAGAAGCCUCGGACUCUGACGCAGAGGGCUACGUGGAGGGGGACGAGGAGGAGGAUGAGGAUGGGAAAGACCGGGAUGACAAAGAAGCACCGGACUCUGACGCAGAGGGCUACGUGGAGGGCUUGGACGACGAGGAGGAGGAUGAGGAUGAAGAGGAGUAUGAUGAUGAUGCUCAGGUAGUAGAAGAUGAAGACGAUGAGGAGGAAGAGGAGGAAGGAGAAGAAGAGGAUGUGAGUGGAGAAGAGGAGGAGGAUGAAGAAGGUUACAACGAUGGUGAGGUAGAUGAUGAUGAAGAUGAAGAAGAGCACGGGGAAGAACAGGGACAGAAGAGAAAACGAGAGCCUGAAGAAGAAGGGGAUGAAGAUGACUAAACUGAAUAACCUAUUUUGAAAAAUUUCCUAUUGUGAUUUGACUGUUUUUACCCUGUAUUUCCCCUCCCCACACCCCAACUUAUUUUUUUUCUUGGUUUUUUUUCCUUUUUUUUUUUUUUUCUGAUUGUAACGUUGCUGUGGGAACGAGAGGGAGAAGCAGACUGGGUGGGCAAGGGAAUAAAAUACUAUUUUUACUGCCACUCCUCCUAUUCAUUUUGAUUUUUUUUUUUUUUCUUCUUUUUGUCCCUCUCUUAGUCCCUGUAACUGCAAUAGCAAGUAUAAACCAAGUGGUAAUUUGUUUCUUAUUAUUGGAGUGGGGAGUUUGCCAUCUUUCCAUAAAAAAAAAAAAUUACAAAUUACAAAAAAUUGGGUUUUUUUUUCAGAGAUCAGUGGAUGAUACCCCAAAAGCCAGACUUUUCUUCUGAGGCAGCUAAACAGAGUUGGUUGCUGGGAUUUUCCCACUGCUGCCAGUCACUAAAUGCAUUGUCAGCAUUUUUAUUUUCUUUUUUUUUUUUUUGGGGGGGGGAUGCUGCAAGCUGAGGCAGGAGCAUCAUCAUCAUCAUCAUCAUCCUCCUCCCCCAGCAAGGGGGGGGUGGGAAUGGCAUCUGGAUCAAGGGAUUUCUUUGUUGCCUGUCUGCCAUUUUCAGCCAGUGCUUUCCCUGCUUUUCUAGGUACCUUUUUUUUUUCUUUUGCUGUUUGUAAAUAGUGACCAAAUAUUUGGGUUUUUUUUUAUUUUUAUUUGGUUCCUUUUGGGGUGUUCCUUUUGGAUCUGGUUUAUGGGGUGAAUUCACAACCCCCCCCUUCCCCUCUCUCCCUCCCUCCAACGUGUGUUGUGUGUUUUCCUUUCUGUUUCUUUAAUUUUUUUUUUAAGUGGGGGGUUUGCUUUGGGUUUUUUUUUUUUUUUUUUUUUGGCUAGGGUAUAGCCAAUACACUGAAAAUGGCAGGCAUUGAAAUAUAUAUAUAAAUAUAUAUAAAAAAAAUGUUCCUAAUUCCUGAAGUUACUAGUGAAAUGAAUUUGACAAUUGUAAUAAAACAAAAAAAAAAAAAAGGAAUUGUUUCAACCCUUUUAAAUAAGGUGUGUACUAUUUUGGUCUGUAAUAUAGAACACCUAGGACAAUUUUAAGUGGUGAGAAACUACUUCCACUUGUGCUCUAUACUUUGGAAAUUUUUACAACCCUAAAUCCAGGAGGCAGUUCAGCAUGUAGGGGUAGGAGGUUUCUUUUCAUACACUCAAGCACGAGAUACUAAUACAAAAUUGUAUUUUCUUACCUAGUGGAAGUCAGUAAAAUGACUGAAAAAAAGAAAUAAAAUACCUAGUGAAUGUACAGUUUUACUUUCAUAUCCCUCUUUAAAAUAGCUUUAGAAGUGACUUGUAUUUCCUAGUCAAUAUUUCAUCUGUAUAAAUACAUUUGCAACAGUUUUUUUGGGUUUUUUUGGUUAUUUUGUUUCGUUUUUUUGGUUUUUUUUUUUUUUUCCCAGAAGAGCCAAACUUUGAGUUUUAUGUCUGUUUGUCAUUGAUGAAUUUCAAUAAAUCUUUUUAUACAAUUUU